AUGAAAGAUCAAGGAAUUUGGGGAUUUGGGAAUCUGGGUUUGCUUUGUUUUCAACUGAAUGUGAAGAAAAACAUCAACUUUUUUACAUUCAAAGCGUUAUGUUUAUCUCCUUCGCUUCUCAAGUCUUUUGCAAAGAACAAAAAGGAAACUUUGUUUCAGACUUCAGUUGAAGUAAUAACAGGGAAGGGAAAAAUAGAUCAAGCUUCAUCUAAUACUAAACCGAGCCGUCCUAUUUUGAAAAAGCCGUCUCCAACUUCGGGGGCAGGACGAGUUGCAGAUAGCAAGAGUGUUGCUGAAAGUAAAAACGAGACCGCACCCGGGCCUGUCCUUUCAUCUACAUUAAACCCCAUGAGAUCUGUUAAUGGUGCUCAGUCAUCAUUCGCUGUUAAGAGAAAAAGACAAGACGAGAAGAAACCCUGGGCUGUAUCUAAAGAAGAGGCAGCUGCACUCAAAGCAAGGGAAGCUGUGAAGAGGAGAGUCGAAGAGAGAGAGAAACCGUUGCUCGGCUUGUACAAGGGAUCUUGUUGAUACGGAAUGACACAACCAAGAACCGUGGCUGUUCUUGAUUCAAGGGGUAUGCUUCAGCAUGCUACUAAAUUUCCUUUUCUUUCUCCUCGCAGUUUGGUGACUGAGGCAACUU